UAAGGUGAACCAGUCCGUGUGGAACAACAAAUGAAAAAUGUAUCGAGAGGCAGUAGUUGUGUUUAUUGCGCUGGCGUCUUACGCAUCAUGCGGCGCGCGAAUUAACCGGGUCCUACCUUUAGACGACAAGCCUUUGGUUGGGGUAUACAUAAUUCAAAGUCGUGUGUAUCUAAACAAAUGCAAUCCCAACAAAGCUGGACAUCCCGUACUGCCAAGGGACGACUUAAGCAAACCUGUGAAUGAGAGAUAUCCCUCAGCUGUGCUCUUUGGAAAAACCUGUGGAGGGACUAUCAUUGGAGAUAGAUGGAUCCUUUCAGCUGCCCAUUGUUCAAUCGGUUACAGUACUCUCUUCACAAGAGGGCGCGACAUACUGGCGGGAACCAACAACACCGAAAAUGGCAGCGGAAUCAAGGCCCGCGUUAAGAAGCUGUACAUUCAUCCCCGAUUCUCCGUUGGCCCGUAUUGGCUGAACAGUGAAAGUUACAACAUCAAACAGGUAGCUGCGCGAUGGGACUUCCUACUAGUCGAGUUAGCAGAGCCCCUGAACCUUGAUGGCACGAUAUUAGCAGCAGCACCUCUUGAUGACGCUUCCUACCACCAUCCUGGUGAAACUGCCGGCUUUGCUGGCUUCGGCACUGCAACACACGGGGAUGUGAUGCGACCAGACAUGCACGCGAUGGAUUUAGAGGUUCUAUCCGACUCAGCUUGCGGGGAGCUGGUGGAGUACGAUCCACAAGACAUGCUUUGUGCGACGGGCAGACCACCUCGCUAUGACACGGCCUGUAAUGGCGACAGUGGCAGUGGUCUAAUCGGUGAAUCAGAAAAGCUUAUUGGGGUAGCUUCAUGGGUAGAAGACGACGCGCGAAUAUGUAGACCAAAAGCUAAAAUCUACUUCUCCAGGGUCGCCGCAGCGAGGCCGUGGAUUAAAGAAAUAGCGGGCAUUUAAACCGAGUCUAUGCCAAAGAUAUGUUACUAGUAAUUUAAAUAUUUUUGUAGAUUGGUCAUUGAAUGAAAAAAAUUGUCUACGACAACUUACUGCAUUUGCAGCAUGACAUUCCAAAUUAGGUUAACUUGUAAUAAUUGUUACAUUAUUUGUAAGUAUAUCCCAAACUACAUAUAAACAAACAGA